AGGAGCAGACCCAGGCGCCCGCCAUGUGCGGGAUCUUCUGUGCGGUGGUGCCGCACGACCCCGCGAUCCCUCGACCCGAUCCCCUGCCCGACCGAUUGACCCGGGACCUUUUGGAGGGGCGGGGGCCCGACCUUGGCGGGCAGCUGACGGUGGUGGCGACGCCUGACGACGCCGGCGCCGGGACGGGCGCCAGCUUCGAGCUGCGGUUUCUGGCACGAGUACUGCACCUGCGGGGCGACUCGCCCGAGCCGCAGCCGGCGGUGGACGCUCGGGGAAACGUGCUGCUGUGGAACGGCGAGGUGUUUGGGGGGCUUGAGGUGCCCCCCGGAGAGAGCGACACGAGCGUAGUGCUGCGAGCGCUGGCUGGUGACGGUGGCGACAGUGGCAGCGAUGGCGUCGACAGUGCCAUCGUCUCCACGCUGAGCCUCGUACGGGGCCCCUGGGCGCUGCUCUACUACCAGCGUGCCAGCCGAUGCCUCUGGUUCGGCAGAGACUGCUUCGGUCGCCGCAGCCUCCUGUGGCUGUUCCCGGAGGCUGGUGAUGCUGGUGAUGGCGGUGGUAGUGGCGGUGGUGGUGGCACGGUGGAUCCUCGCUGGUUUGCCAUCAGCUCCGUGGCAUCACAGCAGGUGCCUGCCGGUGCACGGUGGUCAGAAGUUCCAGCUGAUGGAGUCUACAAGGUGCAUCUGGGGAGUGGUGGUAGCGGUGGUAGUUGCCUCCAUGUUGAGUGGUUUCCCUGGCGCUGGAGCCCACCGGAGUUGGCUCCACCAUCUGGCGUGGAUGGAGCUGCCAGAACGACACCCGACACCCAGGACGACUCCUGCCACUGUCACUCGGGAUCCCCUCUCGACACGACCCCCCGUCCAUUGGGAGGGACGAGAGGAGAGACUCCGACCGAAGAGGAUGGAAGAGCGGAGGAGUUGCCGCCGUUCUUCUGUGUGACAAAGAGCAAAGCUUACCCGGGACUUCGCUCAUUUGUGCCACCCAUGAACAUGAGCGUGCCGCAGUCCCCGAGCGCCCACCCUCAGGGCCCACACCCUCAGGCCCCCCACCCCCAGAGCCCCCACCCCCAGGACCCCCACCCUCAGGGCCCCCAUCCUCACGGUCCCGGCCCGCUAGGCCCCGACGUGAUCUCGGAGCGCAUGGUGGCCGCUCGGCAGUUGGUGGAGGCUCUGGAUGAGGCCGUGCGUGUGCGAUGCAUCCCAGAGAAUUGUGGCGGCGGUAGCGGCAGCAGCGGAGCAGGAGAAGGCGGCGUUGGCGUUGGCGACGGCAGCACUGACGAUGGCGGGGGCGCGGGUAACGCCGGUGGUAGCACCAGCGGCUAUGGCGGAAAUGGUGGUAGCAUUGCCGGUGAGGCUUCGGUGGCCGUGCUCUUCUCGGGCGGGCUCGACUGCAUGGUGCUAGCGGCGCUGGCUCACCGCCACGUCCCGGCCCAUGAGCCCAUCGACCUCCUGAAUGUCGCUUUCGAGUGCCGGCGACGGCCGCUGGGCGGUGCGGUGGCUUCCGGUAUCGGCAGGCGCCAUCGAGGCCACGGGAAGAACUCGCGGAAGCCGGCGGGGGCACGGAAAGGCGACCCUCCAAAGAGGGGGGCGCCAGCUGCUCAGGUGGCGAAGGAUGAGCGCAGCAAUGGAGACGGGAGUGCAGCACCGCCGGCGGAGAGUGGGGCUGGUGAAGAGGAGGUGGAGAUUGGAGGGCGGGACGGAGGACCGUUUGAUGUUCCUGACAGGCUAAGUGCACGAGCGGGGCUGGAGGAGCUGCGGACGCUGUUUCCCCACCGCCGCUGGCGCCUGAUCGGGGUGGACGUGCGUGCAGAUGAGCUGGCGUCCGCCCGCGCUCGCCGCAUCGCCCACCUCGUCCACCCGGCGCGCUCCGUGCUGGACGACGCGCUGGGAUGCGCCCUGUGGUUCGCCGCACGCGGUCGCGGAGAGCUCCUCCUUGAUGAGGGGGACUGGGAGGGAACAACCGCGAGUGAGCCGGGGUCACCGCCGCCAGGGUCACCGCCGCCAGGGUCCACCACCACCGCCGCCGCCGCCGUCACGAUGCCCGCUGGACCGGAGCUGUUUGUGAGUCGAGCCAAGGUUUUGCUGAGCGGUCUCGGCGCGGACGAGCAACUCGCUGGAUACUCACGGCACGCAGCACGGUUCCGGCAGGGAGGCUGGAGCGCCCUGGCCGCCGAACUGCGCGCCGAGUUGGGCCGCAUCGGACGCCGGAACCUCGGGCGGGACGACCGCGUCACGGCCGAUCACGGCAAGGAGGCCCGGUUCCCGUACCUGGACGAGGCCGUGGUGUCCCAGCUCUCGGCGUUGCCGGCGCACGUGAAAGCCGAGCCCGGCGCGGCGCGCGGCACGGGCGACAAGCUGCUGCUGCGCCAGGCGGCGCUCGUGCACCUCGGCCUGGCCGAGGCCUCCGCUCGGCCCAAGCGCGCCCUGCAGUUCGGCUCUCGCAUUGCGCACAUGGAGGGGGGCGGCGGUGGCAGCGGCGGCGGCCCAAGGGAGCGUGGGUCCGAUUCCUGCUCGCGGCUGGUGCAGCAGCACCACCCCUCUCCUGAGUGCGUCUGAUGGGAGGAGACGCGGUGGCUGCGCGUUUGCUGUGCAUGAGUGUAAAGCGUUUUAAGGGGGGGAUGGUGGUUGUGUUUGGGCAGGGGGGGACGUGGUGGCGUCUGUGCUUGACAAUGGAGGCAGUUGUGUUUCAAAAUGUUGAUAGUGUUUUAGUGAGACUGAGAAAUGUCACUCUGAAAUGGCCGGCCAUCUGGCCGUCUGGUGGGGUGUUUGAUGGGGGUGGCUAUUUCUUGGGGGGGGGGGGGGCCUGACGGCUGCGUGCAAGAGUUAAAAAUACUGCUUUGUAUGAGAGAUACAGCUGUCUCAAAGUGAUGGCUGCAAACGACAAUAAAUAAUAAUCCCAUAAUGUGAGAGGAAAUGUUUGCCUUUAUAACCACGUGAGAGACAACAUUCUCUUUGCAAGGAAGACCAGGGAUGAAAAGCAAUGGAUGUUACAGAAAUAUCUCAAUAAAAGGGAACGUAGAUGAAUCCAACGUUUCUUGAGUUUCAUAAAAGGCAAAAAUGUGUACAAGAAUGAAAGCUGAUAAACAGAUCAGGGCUGGCACUAGAGGGGUCCACAUUUAUAAUUGUGCGUUUAGAGCUAUCAUUUCCGGCCAGGUAACUUCUGAAAGAGAGCUACUUGGUUCAGUGGGUACCUUACCAGGUGAAAUAAAUAAAAAAUAGUUUAGGUGCUGGGGUAGGUCCUGCAUCACCAAAUAUCGCUGCUUUGACCUUUCUCGUGGCUAGAGGUCUUCGCAAAGGUUAGCCAAGUGUCGCAGUCUUGCGAACCAACAAAUCCUAUCUUCGCUCACCUGCACACGAGCCGAUGUCAUAGCUCCCAUCUCUGGGUGGAUGACUUCCCGGGAGCGUUCCUUCCUUUGCCUGCCACUACACCGUUAGUCUCAACUCCUUCCCGACCAUCUCUUCGGGCGACGUUUUGGUUCAGCACGCACGCACGCAAGUUGGGAAUGAAGGUCACGAAUAAGCAAUGGGAAUUCAGAACUUGAGGAUUUCAUCUUCUAUACGCAGAUACGAGGAUUGGCCAGCUGGUGGCGUGAGAUGCCCAGUGGCGCGGUGAGACGACUAAAGGCAGUGGAUUUUUGUUGUAACCAGUUUCUAACCAAUGAUUCAAAACGCCAAGCCACCAGCAUUCACGCAGCACCGUCAGUGAUGCAACAAGUUAACAUGAUUUGGGUUUUUUUUUUAUUGACCAGUGUUGUGAGAAAGUGUCGUAACUUGCUGGAUGUACUCUCCAGCUAAAUGCCGUGUCCAUUUAAAUGUUGUGAAAUUACAUUAGAGCAGUUUUCUUCACCAGUUUUCAGAGUGGGUUUUCGGGGGUGGGGGGGGGGGGUCACUUUCGCCGAUAAGACAUCAUCAGUGUCAGGGCCGAUACACAUUUGAAGCCAUUUUUGGGUUUGACAGCAGCACGAUGAUAUUUUAAUACACAAUGGACAGGAACGACGAGUACACAGGGCUCGCAUAAUGCGCCUUGACUCAGAAGCGUGGUCAUCACAUCUACGCCUCUAAGCAA